AUGGAGGUCUAUCACGACCACCAGGUCGAAGAGAUCCUGAUACGCUUUCAAAAUCUUCGUUCAAAGUCCGCUCGACGCGCUGUAUACCUCAAUGUACUGAAUGAGCUGCGCGUCGACGAAAGACGCGAAUUGAAGAACCAUAUCGAUAAAACCAGUUUUCAUCGGGAUAUCCUGGGUUCGCUGCCUCUGGAACUGGCAGUCCAGAUCACCUCGUACCUGGAACUCGCGGAUCUCUUCAACCUACAGAGUGUCUGCAAACGCUGGAAAUCUCUCCUCAUUAACCGCCUAGUCCGCGACUCAGUCCUCAACUGGCGCUAUGGGCCAGGCACCGUGGACACAUCCUCGAACCUAGCGUUCCUUCAAUUCGCCAGAGACCGGGUCAUGCUGGAGCGUGGCCAGCCGGUCUCUCAGAGCCACUUCUCCUGGCAGUUGCAAACUUACCAGAUCAGUAUGAACCCUAUGGACUACCACAGCGGUAGAUACGCGUGGGUUGAAAUGGACACUUUUGUGUUUCGCUUCUGUACCGAGAACCGGGAUGUUUUUGAUAAUGUUCGCAUCACGGAUCAGAUUGUUGCUGCGCUUUCUCGUCGGGGAACCUGCCACGUCUGGCACCUCCAUACCAACACAGAAGGCAUCUUCCACCUCCCCUCCGCUAACUUCAACAGAUUCGUCGCCAAUGGCACAAAAGUCGCCUUCGGUUUCCGCGAAAAUGUCCUUCAAUGGGACCUCUCCACCCAAACCACCCACGCCAUCCGCGUGCCCACAGGUCUGCACCUCAUCAUCCUACAUCCGUCCCAAGAUCGCCUCGCCACAGUGCACAUCUCCAACCGCGACACGGGCCGCUUUGCGGGCUCCAUCGCAACAGACCGCGCUGUCUUCACGCUCCGCCAGUUCUACCGGGAUGGUAAUACGGGUGCGUUCCUGGACGAGGAGCCCGAGAUCCUCCCAUUACCAAGCGACAUCGGCCCCGGCGGGAACUUCUACGAAGACCUCACAGAUCGCAAGUCGCGAUGUAACCACCGUCUCGGCUCGUUACAUAUCAACUGGCAUAAUAACCGUGAUCUAACAGAAGCGCUCAUUCUAACUGCUGACCCCUGCACGUUCCAAAUCUAUAUGCACCGCACUCACCAGGGGAGUAUCCAUAACGUCGGACUAUCCAUGACUGCCAUCGCGCCAGAUCUUCUGUACUAUAUUAGAAAGGCGGAUGGGAAUCCGGCAAUUUGGAUCUCGAAUCCGCGCGCGAAACGGGCGCACCGGCCUUCUCCGAUGCUGAGUCGGGAGUUAUUGAGGAAGGAGGUGAAUUGGGAGGACUUUGAUCGGCGGUUUAUGAUUCUGGGGGAUGGGUGUUCGGUGCUGCUUGUUGAUGCGAGUGGGUUGAGGGUUUGGUCUUUUGACCGUGAUGAUCAGGCUAUGGGGGCGAUCCCGAUUUCUUGA